UGCAGUGAACGAAGAGCAGACGCUAAUUGUCGAGAACAUCUUCUAGAGCCACAACGGUGUAGUCGGAGGUUCGGUGAUUAAGAUGGUGGUAGAUGAUUAAUAAUCCGCAAAGGCGGGGCUGUUGAACUAAUACAACUCCAUGCAUUUACUCGUGGAGGCAAGCUGACCUCUCCGUUAUGCUCGAGCCGGAUUGUUGUGUGCGUUGUCUGUGGGUGAGUUUCAUUGUCGUAAGUCAAGAACCUUACGGAUGUGAAGUUGAUCGUCGGCACGCCGCCGAACUCAACACUGCAGGAAGGGGACAUCAGAAUUUCUGUUUUGGCCCAUCGUCGAACAUUCUAUACUUUGAAGCUUGCGGGAAACGAGAAUGUCUCGACUUGCGCUCUUUGAUGCUCACUGUCAUCUACAAGAUUUACGGGUCGCCCAUUGUGCACCCUUGCUCAUAAAGCAGGCCUCAGAAGUGGGAGUGCGAUGGUUUGCUGUCAACGGGACAUCUGAGGACGAUUGGAGAUCUGUAAAGGAGAUGGGUGAAAGCCAAAGUACUGUGAUCCCCAAUUUUGGUCUACACCCAUGGUUCAUCCCGGGGAGGACAAACAAUUGGUUGGAAACUCUGAAAGGCAUGCUCGAAUCAACUCCAACAGCAGCAGUGGGAGAGAUUGGACUUGAUUUAGGAACGCAUGGGAGCAAAAUUGAUGAAGCCCUACAGCUUGACAUACUUAAGGCGCAACUCACUUUAGCUCGCAACUUGAACAGGCCUGCAUCUCUUCAUUGCGUGCGUGCUAUCGGCCCUCUUCAACACCUCCUUGAAGAAAUGGGCACAUUUCCAGCUGGAUUCAUAAUGCACUCGUUCACGGGGCCAGCAGAUGCAGUGCGUGGUCUUGUAAAGCACGGUGCUUACUUUUCCUUCUCUGGGUUUCUGACUCCCUUGAGAGCUUCCAAGGCACGCGCAAUUUUGCAGCAGGUGCCACGGGACCGGAUUCUGUUGGAGACAGAUGCGCCAGAUGCUGUACCUAAGGUAGACCCAAAGUCCCUCCUUUGGGUUCCAGAUGACUCUGCCACUCCUACAUCUGGAGAGGUGCGACAGGCGGAUGCCGACAUUAGGUCUUGUUGCUCGGAUAAAAAUGAUGGGAAGACGGCCAAGAAGGACGAGGCAUGUCCAUUGCCAGCUUUGAAUCAUCCAGCUAACAUCAGAACUGUUUUGAAACAUGUUUCGACGCUGAUGGGAGUUUCAGAGGAGGAAUUGUCAGCUGUUGCGACAGAGAAUGCAACGAGGAUUUUUUCUUUCCAAGGAUCUAAACUUUCAUUAUGACUUUCAUAAUGGAAGUUUACAUCCUUGGAUAGACUUCUGUCAACAUUUUUUAGCAGUUUUCUUUUCCUUCUUAAUUUCUUUACCGAGCUGUGGCAAUGUCAAGCUGCUUCUGUCGGCCAAAAAACUUCUACGGAUGAUGAAUAUAUUCGGAGUGUCACACGUCCGCUAAGUCAUCGCUGCCGAAAUUAGUAACAUUAUUACCAGAUUAAGUGUUUGCUGCUGAUGCUAGACUUCUGGAAGUGAUUGAUAUACAUAAGGUUCUUCUGAAGAAAGCCUUGCUUGAUGCUUUCAAGAUAGCUUGUUACUCGACACGCUCACCGCCAGGAUGAUGAGGAGGACGAGAAAAAG